AUGUCUUCAUAUGCAGAGUUUAUGAAGGAGCUACUUUCCAGAAAAAGGAAGUUGGAGCAUGAUAAGACUGUACCUUUGACAGAAAAGUGCAGUGCAAUCCUCAAGAGGAAGCUUCCUCAAAAGCUAAAAGAUCCUGGAUCAUUCAAUAUCCCUUGUGAAAUAGGAAACUGCACAGUUGGAAGAGCACUAUGUGAUUUAGGGGCAAGCAUCAACUUGAUGCCAUUGGCUGUUCUGAAGAAACUUGGCACCAAUAUCACACUACAGUUGGCUGACAAAUCCUACACUUAUCCUUAUGGUGUAGUUGAAGAUUUAUUAGUUAAAAUUGACAAGUUUAUUUUCCCUGCAGAUUUCGUAAUCUUGGACAUGGAGGUAGAUGCUAAUAUUCCCUUGAUCUUAGGAAGGGCAUUCCUUGCAACAGGGAGAGCUUUGAUAGAUGUACAGAAAGGUGAACUUAUGCUUCGAGUCCUGGAUUAG